ACACAGUGUUUGACAAACAAAAAUUGUAACCGCCCUCUCCAGUCUUCACCGUUCCUCUCUUUUUCCGACGCGCACACACAAAUUUCGUUUCUAUUUUCCGACUACCACUCUCUUUCUCCAAUUCUCCGAUGACCGGCGGCGACGAGCGUCACUGGACGGAGACCUAAAAACAUCUCUCUCUCCCUCCCUCUCACACACUCAUUCUUCGGCAGGCAUGUCCGAGGACGCGAACCUGGCUCUGCAGACGUUCCGCGCGCUGGUGGAGAGCGCUGACCGGAAGUUCGGCCGGGUGCGCGACGUGCCGGCCUACGGCGGCGGCGCGAGCCAGCAGCAGCAGCAGCAUCACGCGUUCCAGAAGGUGUUCAAGGCCUACACGCGGCUGUGGAAGUACCAGCAGGAGAACCGUGCGAAGCUGGUGGAGUGCGGCAUGAAGCGGUGGGAAAUCGGCGAGAUCGCGAGCCGAAUCGGACAGCUGUACUUCGGGCAGUACAUGAGGAGCAGCGAGUGCAGGUUCCUCGUCGAGGCCUACGUCUUCUACGAGGCCAUACUCAGCAGAAGAUACUUCCAGGGAUCCGAACCCAACGCCAAAGAUCUCGGAGUUCGCUCGAAGGAGUUGAGGUUCUACGCGCGCUUUUUGCUCGUUUCGGUUAUUCUCAACCGCACCGAGAUGGUUAAGCAUCUCGUCGAACGCUUUGGGGCUUUGGUUGAGGAUUGCAGGACUACCUUUCGGGAAACUAACUUUAAGGAAUGGAGGCAAGUGGUGACAGAAAUUAACCGUUUCACGAAAGUUGACAAGGGCUUUAGUUUCAGGCCCAUGCGUUAUUGUGCCACAUUUGAUACUCAUCGAGCUUCUCUUCCUUAUGUGGCUCGUUUUCAUGCAAAGAGGGUUUUGAAAUUUCAAGAUGCACUGUUGACAAGCUAUCAUCGAAAUGAGGUCAAGUUUGCUGAGCUUACAUUGGACAUCUAUAGAAUGAUACAAUGUUUAGAAUGGGAGCCUAGUGGAGUAUUCUACCAAAAACAUACAGUUAAACCUAAGGAGAAUGGUGACAUAAUUGAUCAUUCAGGAGCUUCCGGGAUAAUAGACAUGAAUCUUACUGCAGAUAUGACCGAUCCAACUGUACCUCCUAAUCCUAGAAAGGCUUCCCUGUACCGUCCAUCUGUGACACAUGUGAUAGCAGUUUUGGCUACUAUUUGUGAGGAGCUGCCACCAGACUGUGUUGUGCUAGUAUAUCUUUCAGCCUCAGGGAAGGCUGGUCUUAAUAAUGUCUCUCAGGUGGAGAAUUUUAGCGGUUCAUCCAAAUAUUCAAGACACAAAGUCCUUUCCCAGACUUCCCAAGGACAGAAUUCUGAACCUUCCGAAACUCAAAAUAAUGGCAAGAGAGAACUGAGCUAUUAUGACAAUUAUCUGUGGUUUGGUCCCAAGGGAAAUAGUGGUUCAAAUAAUCUCUACCCUGGUGAUCUUAUCCCCUUCACUAGGAAACCUCUUUUCCUGAUUAUUGACAGUGAUAACAGCCAUGCAUUCAAGGUUUUACAUGGGGCUGAAAGGGGUGAAACGGCUGCUCUAUUUCUUUCACCUUUAAGACCGAUUUUCAAGAAUCCCUCUGAUGUAAAUUCAAAUAAUGGAAGCCAAUUUACCUUUUUUUUGACUGCUCCUUUGUCAGCAUUUUGCCAAAUGAUUGGUCUCUCCCCCAACGAGUCUGAUACAGAUGUCUACAAUGAAGCAGAGAACAUAAUUGCUAAUGCUUUGACUGAGUGGGAAAUAAUUCUUUGCUCAUCAACUACCAUGGAUUUAGUAUGGGCGCAGGUUAUAAGUGAUCCAUUUCUAAGGCGGCUUAUUCUAAGAUUCAUAUUCUGCCGAUCCGUGAUAUCUUUUUUCUGCCCACCUGAGGAAAGUGAACUGUACCUGCCACUUUGUUUACCCCAUCUACCGUCUUCUGUUGCACCAACGUCUGAAGCUGUGCGUUCUGCUGUUGUGCAACUUGCCAUGCACUUUGACGUUGCUGACUCCUUUCACUUUACUGAAACAUAAGAUUUUGGGACUUUAAAAAGUAACGAGUAAAAUGUUAGGCUUACAUGCAGGCUUUGGAAGCUAAGGAUUCUCAGAUCAAAGGAAUACAAAACAUUAUAUGAGUUGACCUUUCGGGCGACAGGACAAGAGUAUUUGCUGUGGGGCAUGGGCUGUCUGGUGGAAAAAGAGAUUGUUUGCCUCUGCUUGUUGUGUUGCUUUAUUCGACCCCACCUGCUUCAUUGAUCUAUAUGCUGUAUUUGGUGGUUUGCUCUGUAAUGUUAAGGUUAGGUCAUGAUGGGUGCAUGGUGACUUUUCAUGUGUUUGGUCGUGGCAAGAUAAUUUUGUUUUUGUAACGUGGCAAGAUAGUUGUUAGUUUAAAUAUUUGUUCAUACUUCAUAGCUUUGAAAAGGGAAAAAAAAAAAAGGAAUUCAUUGUCAAUUUUACCUUUUUUUAGCAGAAUUGGACGGUAUUGAAUCAACAUUGAUUGAGGAGGAUGUAUUCUGGGAAGAACUAAUUCCGUCAAAACCCAAAAGUAAAUUACUUACCCUGUAUAUUCAAUUUUAGAGUUUUACCAUAUUUA